AUGGCCGGUUUGGCAGCCUGUGCAAUUAUUGGCGGUCUCGUCUGGCUGGCCAUCCGCAGUAUUUAUCGACUCUAUUUCCAUCCACUCAGUCAUUUUCCAGGGCCAAAAUUGGCCGCCAUCACGAGCGGAUACGAGUGCUACUUCAACGUCGUCAAAAACGGGUCUUUCAUCUGGGAACUCGAACGUCUACAUGAGAUCUACGGCCCAAUCAUUCGCGUAACGCCACGGGAAAUCCACAUCAAGGAUUCAGACUACUAUGAUGAGAUCUAUUCCGGCGCAGCACGCAAGCGCAAUAAGGAUGGCCCAGCAGUACGACAAUUCGACCUAGACGGUUCGGCCUUCUCCGCAAUCACAUCAGAGCUGCACCGCGAGCGCCGCUCAGCCAUUAACCCAUUUUUCUCGAAGCAAGCAAUCAGCCAAAUUGAGACGGACAUCAAGAAAAGUCUAGACCAAUUCAACCAGCAUUUAUCGAGAGCGUAUAAGACUGGUCGAAUCGUUUCGCUCGACGCCGGAUUUUCGGCUUUAACCUCGGACGUGAUUCUUCAGUACGCGUUCGGGUUUAAUGGUGGGAAUCUCGAGCAGGAGGAUUUCAACGAACAUAUUCGUGAUGGGAUAAUUCACCUUUUCACCUCGGGUCAUAUUGCUUAUUUCUUUCCUGUCUUGCCUGCUAUUAUGAGUUCGUUGCCGAUUUCUUGGGUUAGGGUUAUUAGUCCCUUUGCGGCUGUGCUUGCGCUUCAGAGGGAUGAUUUGAGACAGCGCGUUAGGAAGUUUCUUUCUGGGUACCGCUCUGAUAACGGUUGUGUGGUGGAGAAACUUUGCUCGCCGGCUAUGCCAAAGCACAUGCUGGAUGUGGAGCGAGUGACUGACGAAGGGCAUGCGAUGGCGAUUGCCGGUACUGAAACGACUGCUCGGUCUCUUUCGGUUGGGGCGUUUCAUAUUUAUUCCAAUGAAAGGGUUAAGACUAAGCUUCGAGAGGAAUUGAGAACGAUAAUGCCGACGCCGGAGUCGUACCCUUCUUGGAACGAACUUGAGAAACUGCCAUAUCUUUCUGGGACUGUUUACGAGUCUUUGCGAUGUUCGACGGGUAUUUCUUCUCGAUCUCCUCGUAUUGCUCCAACAGAGACUCUGGUGUACAAAGACUACCAAAUCCCGCCCGGUACACUGGUCAGCGAAACGAACUUCUUCGUCUUGAAUGACCCUAAUAUCUUUCCCGACCCCGAGGUCUUCGAGCCUGAAAGGUGGAUGCGCGCUACAGCCAAGGGUGAACGACUUGACCGCUACUUGGUAAAUUUCUCCAAAGGCACGCGAAUCUGUUUAGGAAUGAAUCUGGCCUACGCCGAGUUGUUUAUGACAAUCGCAACGCUUGUUCGAAGGUUCGAUUUGGAGGUAGAUGAGAAUUCAAAGAAGCAACUCAUGUUUGCGCGAGAUUUUGGGACUCCAUACCCUGAUGAGGGUGUUCUCAGCUUGCCUGUUAAAGUUACGGCCAGUAUUGAUUGA